UCCGUCUUUUGACCCUCCCUCUUGCCUCUCGUCUCGUCCCAAAUAGGUAAAUACGGGAAGCAUAGCCGACGCUCCUUGCUGAACUUGACGCCACAAUGCCUGGACGGACGCUACCGACCCUGACCUCGGCCGAGGUCGAAUCGCACAACAGCGCGAAGUCCUGUUAUAUUGCCAUCGGCGCCAGCGUUUACGAUGUGACCGACUUCGUCGAAUCUCAUCCCGGCGGUCCCGACCUGAUCCUCGAUUAUGCCGGCAAGGACGUAGCUGCCAUUCUCCAAGACGAGGAUUCCCACGCUCACUCUGCGUCGGCGUAUGAGAUUUUGGAAGACUACCAGAUCGCCUUUCUAGGGACAGACAGUGGCGGGAAUGCAGGGAAGAAAGCCAGCACAAAUGGGAAUGCAAAUGGGAAUGCAAACGGAAACGCAAAUGGAAAUACAAAUGGAAACGCAAAUGGGAAUACAAAUGGGAACGGAAAUGGCGCGCCCUUCGUCCACCCACGAACCGGCAUGUCCUGCGAGGAGGACCUGAGCAAGGAUACCGACCCCAAUGCAGACUUCAAGCAGCACAAGUUCCUCGACUUGAACAAGCCGCUCUUGAUGCAGGUAUGGCUCGGCGGCUUCAGCAAGAGGUUCUAUUUGGACCAGGUCCACCGACCGCGACACUACAGGGGAGGCGCCUCCGCUCCCUUGUUCGGGAACUUCCUCGAACCGCUCAGCCUGACGCCCUGGUGGAUGGUCCCGAUCAUCUGGCUGCCCCCCACCCUGUACGGCACCUACUUGGCCUCCGAAGGGUUCGAAAGCAAGCUGGGACUGGCCGCCAGCUGGGUGUCUGGCCUGGCGAUAUGGACUCUUCUGGAGUAUUUCCUGCACCGGUGCCUUUUCCAUCUCGACGAAUACCUGCCGGACAACAGGGUAGGGAUUACGUUGCACUUCUUGCUCCACGGCGUCCACCACUACCUGCCGAUGGACAAAUACCGCCUAGUGAUGCCCCCGGCGCUCUUCGUGGUGCUUGCGACACCUUUCUGGAAACUGGCCCAUUCCCUAUUCUACUGGAACUGGCACCUGGCCACGGCCGUAUACUGCGGCGGCAUCUUCGGAUACAUCUGCUACGACCUGACGCACUACUUCCUGCACCACCAGAACCUCCCUCUCUGGUAUAAGGACCUCAAGAAAUAUCACCUCGCUCACCACUUCCUCGACUACGAGCUAGGCUUCGGCGUGACUAGCCGCUUCUGGGAUCGGAUUUUCGGCACCGAGCUGCCUACUCUCGUCAAGACAGCUUAGGUUGGCUUAGCUUACCGCCGUACGUGCUUCAGCCCGGAGAGGGGCGGGGCUCAGUUCGGCCUGUUGAGACGGUGUAAAUUUUGCGUCGUCUGGUAAUGCGGCAUGCGAUGAUUACAGGCCUAGGAUGAGGAACCGCGAUAGUGACGACAGCAAGGGUCGCCAAUGGGCGUUUGGAGAUCUAUAUAUAUAUAAUUAGGGUAUGAUGGAAACAUUGACCGAGGCUUAAAUUGCAACCCUGCUUUACUGCUAAUUAAUUAAUGAUGCAUACCCUCUCAUCGCUGCCGCCAUC